AUGAAUUUCGUUACACAUAUGCCGAAGUCAGAGCGAGGAAAUACUUUUCUCCUCUUGUUCCAAGAUAUGCUCUCAGGAUUCGUGAUGUACAAACCAAUGCCAACCACAACAGUUCAGGACGUAGCAGAAGCGUAUGAGGAGCGGGUGUUCAGGGUGUUCGGCGCCUCAGAUAUCAUUCGCCAUGAUCAAGUCCCGAGGUUCAUGAGUGAGGUUUUCAUUCUAUUCAGGGAACUUCUGGGUAGUCGUCAAAGAUCCAAUCUGAGCUACGGACCUCAGACCAAUCGGCAACAUAAGCGUCCACCCAGACUGUCAUUCGGAGUGGCGUAUGUCGCUGUGGCAGACCUGUCAGAUUGGGAUUAUCAUUCCGAGCGACUGAUGUUUGCCCUGAACACAUCUUUUGAUGCGACUCGUCUGGAUACUCCAUUCUAUCUGGUCCAUGGUUGCGACGCUCAUAGCAUUGUAUCCUCCAUGUUGGGAACUAAGCCGUCCAGUCUUCGAGAACGGACUGCGUAUGAGUGGAAGCGAAUUAUUUCAGCGCGAUUACAGCUAUACAUGCGCCUUCCUCCAGAAAAAAGCAAAGCGUAUGAAACCGGAAGCUCAGACCUAGAGAGAGCUCGCAGAGCGUUUAAAGUCUGGAUUCAAAAGGGGCGACGCGGUUUGGGUGUAUAUACCCAAGGUACAACCAAGAUUGAGGAGCAAGCUGGCACACUUAUGGCAUGGCCCAUUCGGGACCGCCGAGGUCCACAAUAA